AUGCGUCUGGCAUUCCGUACCGCCGCUAAUAAUAAGCACGAGCUACUGGUUCCAGGUGCGCUAGGAUGCGGUGGCUGCCAGAAUCCACCUCAUCUAAUAGUUCGAUACUGGAUUUCAGUACUUGACGAGCCAGAAUUCCAAGGAUGGUGGAGAGAGAUUUGGUUUGCCAUCAUAGACCAAGGAAGCGAAAACAACUUUAAUAUCUUCUACGACUAUCUCGAUGAAUAUUAUAUCGGAGCUCAUGAUUGA